GCUGGCAAUCGGUCCCCGAUUGGAUCCUGACGUCGGCGGCGGCGAAGCGUCAAUAUACACACACACACUCACAUAUAUUGCACGCGUGCACAUACCAUGAAAGAGACAUGAAACCAGCGCAGCGUGGCGUGGCGAGAGAUCCGAACACCGGUGAGAGUUUAGACGUGAGGUGCGCGACUCGAAUGGAAUGGAACGGAAUGGAAGUAUGUUGGCGUGUACGUUGGUGGUGUCGCGUAUUUGCGUGUAUACGUACGUAUGUUUGCGUAACGAUGAUGGUAUUUGUAUGUGUGCAUGUACAUGCGCUCGCGCACUGUGCAUACGGCGUGCUGUAUCGCGCCGUGCCGGCUCUAUGGGAUUAGGUGCCGGCGCAGUAGGCCAACGGCGCUCGACGCCUGUGCGUCUCUUUUUCCGCUCGCGCGUGUCUGACCUACGCUAAGCCAGGAGUGCGCUAACCCCCUGCCCUCUCCCGUUUAUUGUUGGUGAUUGAUCGAGAUAAAAAUUGAAAAAGAAAAUGGAAAAUUUCUUGGCGGUGCGCAAAAAAUUACGAUAGGGGAUGCAGAUGGAUUUUUAAACCCCCGAAGAUUGGUUCACCUUGAAUACAAGAACACGAUAAAAAAAGCAAUGUUGUAAUUAAUGAUAUGUGAAAUGUUUUAUUCGGCGGAGACUCUUAUGUGAGUGCGACAAUCAAAUGGAUGACGGUGUGUUGAUGUGUGCAAAUCUUAUUUGUAAAAAUUGUAUUACGUAAGAUUUGCAUUUCCUCCUUUCCCUUGGAUGAAUUUCGUCGAUCUUUUUAUCUUUCAUCUUACUUGAGUCAAUUUGAUUCACAAGUGGGGUUUCAUUUGUAAGAUACGUUUUAACAGAGUAUCUUAUAAUAGUGAUUUUUUUCACUACGGCGGAACGUCAACGUUGUGAUAGAUAACGUCGCGAGGGAUCUAACGAGCACUAAUUACGGUAAUACAAUUACGCAUGACGUAGCACGCACUGUCUCCCUUGAUAUCUCGCUUGCACGAGCGAUACUUACUCUUGAAGAUCGAUCGAGCGUGCUGAUACUCACCGGCAAAUUGCUUUACCCAGGAGCUUUCUCGCUAAAUUUAGAAUUCCGGCUAUAAUUAUAUUGAACUGUCAAAUAUUGCUUUCCUUCAUUAAGUCUGGCUAUCUUCGAGUGGAUAAGGUAUGUUAAGCGAAAUAUCUGCCACGUAAAUGUUUCCACGCAAAAUAUGCAAAAGCCAAUUGUCUAUGAAAAAUGAAAUAUUAUGAAUUUGUAACGCGCAAAUUUUUUAUUUUUUAUUCUAUGAAAAGAUUUUCGAUUUUAGGAAAAGAUCUUCAAGGUCUUUAUUUUAUCGUGAAAAAUUUCAAUGCUGUUGCAUACUUAUCUACUAAUCGUAAAAAGCGAAGAAACUAUUCUCUUUAAUUUACGUUUGAAAGCACUUAGCAAGUAUUUCUCUUUUGCGUAUAUAACUCGACGUUGUACGAAUUCCAAUGAGAAUUUGUACGUCGCAUGUAAAAACGGUUGUCAUUCUGACGGACGUAUCCGCGAACAUAACGGACGAGAAUCCGAACGUCAUUAUAUUUCAAGAUUCAAAAAUGCUGCGAAAUUUUCGUUUCAAGGGAAGCUACCGUGAAUAAUUAAGUAAAGUAUCUGAUUCUUUCUAAUUAUACUAUUUUUUUAUUAACAAUCUUUUGCAUUCUCUGAUCAAGAUAUAUUAACGGUAAAAGUAAAAUAAACAUGGAGACAGAGAAUAGCAUAUAUUAUAUCAUAUACCCUGAAAAAAAAGAAAAGAAAUGGUCGCUAAUUACUUUUGGGAAAGCAACAAAUUGUAAUUUAUAUACGACCUUAUUCUCAAGACUUGAAUUUUUAAUUCCGUACAUUAUUUAUGCAAAAAGACAACCUGUUACAUUAUAGCAGAAAUGAUAUUAAAAGGUAUGCUUUUCUCCCGAUUAAUUAUAAAGAAGAUCGUUCAAACGGCUGAAACGAGACGUCUCGGCGAGACGUUAAUUAAUAGCCUGAGCAUAUGGCAACGUCCACCGCUGACGUUCGAAGCUUGAAACCGAGACCAAGGAAAAAUACGGUAUAAGAAAUUUCCCGAAAGCCCGUCAUAAAUAAUAUUUAUCACGGACGACGCAGAGAGAUUUCGAUUUUGUUCCUCGAAUCUUGCAGAUCUUUGCAAAUUUUCUGCGAAACUCCGUGCAAAUAUACAAUAUUUCGGCAGAUUACGAGAUCACCAUCCACCCAUUCAGGGUAAGGGGGGUGUAACAUGAGAGAUCCCGAAUAGUUGGCAAUUUUUUUAUCCAAAAGAAGGAAGAUGGUGCGUCCAGUUUCGCGAUAAAAUGUCGCGACGAUGACGCGCGACGCCUAGUUAUUUCGGAUGUAUAUCACCGAGGAGGAUAGUGGGGACGGCGGCGGCGGCUGCCGUCUGAUCUCCGUACGUCAGUGCGUCGACGUCGAUGGAGCAUGCGAGACGUCGUCGCGAUCCGAGAAACGACGAGUCGACGACGGUAACGACGAUUUGGAGCGUCGCGAGGGCGACGAGUGUGCGACGACGCUGGAGGUCGAUAAGCGCAUCGCGCCGCCGGGUAUCCUGAAGAAGAUCGGCGUAUCCGAGCCUCCGGAGAAGCCGCGGGAAUUCCGUAAGAAUCAAUCCUGGAAGGGUCCCUCGCGGAGACUUUACGACGUUCACGCGUUUAAGGGAAGAAGCGCGAGUUUUAUCCUGACUCGAGAGAUUGACAGGACGACGUGGAAAGCGUCGGACGAGAUUGUUAAUCGCGAGAAUACGGUGGAGGAGGACGGACAUACGACAGUGGUGAAUCCGCAAUAUCGCGAUACUUUGACGCGAUCGAUCCAGGUGUCCUCCAAGAUAGAGGCACGAGGACGCGCUUUGAGGAGGACCGCCUCCGCGCCAGAGACUGGCGAGCAGAUUUCCACGAGCGAUUCCUCGAGAAUCGAAGAGCGAUCGCGCGAGAAUCAAAAUGAUUCAGCGAGAAGGAUUAGUGACAUCGAAGAACAAGUCCGCUUCGAGACCUCGUCCUUAGAACAGAGCGCGUCCUCGUCGAGUCGCGACGUCAUUGAUGGGAUUCAGACGACCAGAUAUCGUUCCAGAACUGAAUCGCGGUCGAGCAGUAGAUCGCAGGAAUUCGUGACGAAGACGGAGCAAUUGAUAGCUAGGCGUGUCGUCACGCCGCAGAUUGAUCUCGCGCGGCGCAGACGAGCCUCGUCCUUUGUGAUCGAGCGGAAGAGGCAUCGGCCCGGCGCGAAAACGUCCUCAAGGUCCAUCGAGGACCUAUCGCAGUGCACGAUAACGAGCGACGCGGGUGCGGAUGGAAUGCGGAACUGCGGUAGCUCCGUGGCGGGCGUUUGCGAGGAUGAAGGCUGCGUCCUGCUCGGAGUGCGAUCCCUCGAGGACGCGCCUCAAACCGGCCUGGUACCCCGACAAGAUAUCAGGUGCACUCGGAGGGAUCGCGAGCGGGCAAGAAUCUUGAGACGCAGAAGAAUCAACGGCAGAUCGGCCUCGGUACCCAGAUUAAAAAUAAACAAUUAACAGGACCACGAGAUACGCCAACUGUCUGGGAAGCGGAAAUAGAAUAGUGUCGUAGUACACUACAACACAAUAUGAAUCUUUAAAGGACUUUGUUGCGAGAUAAUCGCCGCUGGAUAUGAUGUGAAAUUUAAUAAUCGCCCCUAUACAUGCGGACCCACAGUGCGUAAGAGAAUCGCACGCCUAUGAGGAGAGGAUUAUACCCUGUGUCGAAACGGUCGCUCUGAUUAAACGAUUCAAGAGGAAAGGGAGAGAGAGAGAGAGAAAGAUGGCAUCUCACGACCCUCGAGGCAAUAAUUUACGUGCAAACUUAUAA